AAGAGGAAGCGCGGAGUCCGCCCAGCUCCCCCCACGUGUCCGCUGGAGUUUUUCCGCCAGCAACAUGGCCGCUGCCUGAGAGAGAGCCGGGCUACCGCCGCCUCUGCAGCCCGUGGGUACCUGGGCCGUUGCCCUCGCCCGCGCGCGGCCCCGGUGGAGAGAUCAAGUCCAAGGACUGCACGGCUGGCUCACCCCUAGUAUGGCCAAUGAAGAGGAUGACCCAGUUGUACAGGAGAUUGACGUGUACUUGGCCAAAAGUCUGGCAGAGAAGCUCUAUCUGUUUCAGUACCCGGUGCGCCCAGCCUCGAUGACCUACGAUGACAUUCCACACCUCUCAGCCAAGAUCAAGCCUAAGCAGCAGAAGGUAGAGCUUGAGCUGGCCAUCGACACCCUGAAUCCCAACUAUUGCCGCAGCAAAGGGGAGCAGAUCGCGCUGAACGUGGAUGGCACGUGCACUGACGAGACCAGCACAUACUCCUCGAAGCUGAUGGACAAGCAGACGUUCUGUUCUUCCCAGACCACCAGUAACACAUGCCGCUAUGCGGCUGCACUCUACAGGAAAGGUGAACUCCACCUGACGCCUUUACAUGGCAUCCUGCAGUUGCGACCCAGCUUCUCCUACCUGGAUAAAGCUGACGCCAAGCACCGUGAGAGGGAGGCAGCCAAUGAGGCAGGAGACUCGUCGCAGGAUGAAGCAGAAGAAGACGUUAAGCAGAUCACGGUGCGGUUCUCCCGGCCAGAGUCGGAGCAGGCCCGUCAGCGCCGAGUGCAGUCCUAUGAGUUCCUGCAGAAGAAGCACGCGGAAGAGCCCUGGGUCCACCUGCACUACCAUGGCCUCAAGGACAGCCGUUCCGAGUACGAGCGCCAGUACCUGCUGUGCCAGGGCCCCAGCCCUGUGGAGAACACGGAGCUCGUCAAGUCGCCCAGUGAGUACCUCAUGAUGCUUGUGCCGCCCAGCCAGGAGGAGGAGAAGGAUAAGCCUGUGGCCCCCAGCAAUGUCUUGUCCAUGGCCCAGUUGCGCACCCUACCGCUGGCGGAUCAGAUCAAGAUCCUGAUGAAGAACGUGAAGGUCAUGCCUUUUGCCAACUUGAUGAGCCUGCUAGGCCCCUCUGUCGACCCUGUGGCUGUUCUGCGUGGCAUCCAGAAGGUGGCGAUGUUGGUCCAAGGAAACUGGGUGGUAAAGAGCGACAUCCUGUACCCCAGAGACUCCUCCAGCCCCCACAGCGGCGUGCCGGCUGAGGUGCUCUGCAGGGGCCGAGACUUUGUGAUGUGGAAGUUCACUCAGAGCCGCUGGGUAGUGAGGAAAGAGGUGGCGACGGUGACCAAACUCUGCACGGAGGACGUGAAGGACUUCCUGGAGCACAUGGCCGUGGUGAGGAUCAACAAAGGCUGGGAGUUCCUCCUGCCUUACGACGAGGAGUUCAUCAAGAAGCACCCGGACGUGGUCCAGCGGCAGCACAUGCUGUGGACGGGCAUCCAGGCCAAAUUAGAAAAAGUCUACAAUCUUGUAAAGGAAACCAUGCCAAAGAAGCCAGACGGACAAUCAGUAGCUGCCGGGCUGCUCUCUGGGGAUCAGCGGGUCCAAGCUGCCAAAACCAAGGCCCAGCAGAACCACGCGCUGCUGGAGCGGGAUCUGCAGCGCAGGAAGGAGCAGGUGCAGGCGGCCGCCGUGCUGCCCGGUGUGCGGAUCAAGGAGGAGCCCAUGAGUGAGGAGGGGGAGGAGGAGGAGGAGCAGGAGGUGGAGGAGGAAGAGGAGGCCAUGGACACGUCCCCCAGCGGCGGCCUCAGCACCAGGCUGCCCAAUGGGCUGCCUGCGGGGCGGGCAGCGGCGGGGGAGAACUUCAACGGGCACCCUCCCCCAGGAGGUGCCAGCAGCCCUGUGGCCCGGGAACUGAGGGCCUUCGUGGAGGCCACCUUCCAGAGACAGUUUGUGGUCACACUGAGUGAACUCAAGCGCCUCUUCAACAUGCACUUGGCCAGCCUGCCGCCUGGCCACACACUGUUCAGCGGCAUCUCGGACCGCAUGCUGCAGGACACGGUGCUGGCUGCCGGGUGCAAGCAGAUACUAGUGCCUUUCCCCCCACAGAGUGCUGCUUCCCCGGAUGAGCAGAAGGUGUUUGCCCUCUGGGAGUCUGGAGACAUGAGCGAUCAGUCUCGGUUGACUCAAGAGUGUGGAGAAGAUCUAAGUAAACAGGAAGUGGAUAAAGUGCUAAAGGACUGCUGUGUAAGCUAUGGUGGCAUGUGGUACCUUAAAGGGACAGUGCAGUCUUGACAGUAGUAGUGAACCACUGAGCCCCAUGAAUCCAAGCCCAAGGAAGGACAGCAGAGCCGGCAGAGGGAGAAGGAGAGUCUCAACUUGCUUCAGGAAACACUGAGCAAGAGGAGCUGACCGACCACCGCGUGGCCUGGGGCACUGCAUUAUCCAGUGGACAGAGGUGACGGUUCUCAGCGGGUAGCAGGGUCAGCUUACGUUUGUUCACUCCCAGAAGAGACCACCGGGACCUUCUUUGCAGUACAGUUUGAAAUUCCUGAUGUAUUUUGCUUAUUAUUUGGUUUCAUUCUCAUAAUAAAGAGAGUGUACAUUGACACAGGCAGGAUGAUGAAAAUCAUGGUUUAAUAUCGUCCUUUUUAAACUUCAUGCCAACAAGGUCUAAGUUAUGUUUACAAGAUGAAGAAAAUCUCAAAGUUUUUAAUAUUUAAAAUACCUAGAAGCCAGUGUCUAGUUCUGGAUUAUCUAUCUGCUAAGACGUCUGCCAAUUCCAUUCAACAAACCAAGUUCAGUUGUUUUAUUGUUGGGUUUCUGCAACCACUUUACCUUUUAAAAAUCAACCUGCUUUAUGUAGCAGUCUCAACUGUUUACAUGAACCAUAGCAAAAAACUUAGAAUCAAAUCCAUUUAUUCUUGAUGUUUGCAUAAGGUUGCAAACAAAACGAGGUAAGUAUGGAACAAUGUAUAAGCGAGGUUAUCACACUUUGAUGUAAAAAUUUCUAUUUUGUGUAUUUUUAAAAUAAAUGCUAACACUAAACUGGCAUCAUGGUGGUGCUGCUGUCUUCGCAUGGCCUUGAAAUAGUUAUAUGUCUGUGGUCUCAAAGCAGUAAAUGUACCUCAGAGGAAAGGCAGCUAGGAAGGAGAUCGAGAACUCUGAAGGAAUGCUGUCUAGCAAAAAUAUUAUAUGAGUCAGAUGGAAUUUUUACAUUUUUAGUAGGCACAUUAAAGUAUUUUAAAACAUAAGAUAAAUUUUAAUAAAUUUUAUUUAACAUAAUAUAUCCAA